GUGAUAAAAAAAAAUGAAGAUUCUUAGAAUAAAGAAACAAAAAUAAUAAUCCGGAUGUUAAAAUCGAAUGGGACCCAAAGUAAAAACUUGAACGUCUUCGGUGAUCUCCGUCUUGGUCUUGCUGUUGAUCAUUAUCUUGGUCUUUGUCGUGCACACUAUUAACAAAUUCUUGUAAACUACACUUGAGCAUACCCUGGACGGGCUUUUUAACUGGGCGUUGGUGGCGCUGAUUUCUUGUAUCGCCACGAGCUUUUACAUUUUAGUAUUUAGCUUUUAGUUCUCCCAGUUUCUUAGUCUUGUGCGCAGCAAAUUUUUUUAAAAUUUAUUAUUAUUUAUUAUUUGUUUUAUUAACUGGAUUAUUUUUCAAACUUUAUUUUUUUGUAAGUGACUUGUGGCUUUUUAUAAUUAAAUCCUGGUUUUCAGUGAAGUUUAUUGAGAAUUUAAUAACAGUGAAUGAUAGAUUCAAAUAUGGAAGUGUCGGAAACAUCGAAUGACAAUGACGUCGAUCAAUCGACGGUUAAUAAUAAUGAUAAUGAUAAUGAGGAUAGUAAUGACGAAGACGGUGAUAGUGAAAAUUUAAAAAUGGUCCAGGAUGUUAAGGAAGAUGUUGACGUUAAAAUUGAGCCCAAGGAAACUAUUCUUGAUGAAGAUGGGUCUACCGUUGAAGAAACUUAUGAAAUUACUACUACUAGACGUAAAACUACAACUACUACCUACAAAAUUCAAGAAACUUCAGCGUCGCACAAAAAAACCACGAUGACAACAGCCGCUAAAUUGUACGGCAAGGAUCUUAGUGAAUAUGAUGAUGUCGACGUUGAUGAACUUUUGUCCCAGUUGACGCCGGAAGAAAUAAAUAUUCUGGCUAAGGAAGUUGAUCCUGAUGAUAGUUUUAUGCCACCAUCACAAAGAUGUAGUUACGAGUGUGACAAAAGCCCAACGGGCCCGCUGAACCGUAAAAAGUUGAUAGAACAUAUCAACAAACAGGCGAUGGAGACUCCAGAUAUUCCUGAACUUAAACCAUACGUACCUGGAAUUGUUCGUGGUAAAAAGUGGGUACCACCGCCGAAAGAAAACCUCAAGGAAAAAGAAGCCGAUGAACAAAUUUCAAUAGACUUAGGUGAAGAGUAUGAACAAGCGCUCUCAUCGGCAACGCAGGAUGAAAUAAUUGAUCUAGCUGCUAUCCUUGGAUUUCAUUCAAUGAUGAACCAAGAUCAAUACCACGCAUCUCUUUUGAAUUCCGGCCAGCCAGUUGGUCUUGGUUGGGACGGUAUCACUAAAGCAAGCCAGCCUAAAGUAUUUCCUAUAGACCCGCCAAAUGACACUGAUGUUGAUCAAUCUAUCAAACAAGUCCAGAAUAAUGACAUUGAUCUUAUUGAUCUUAAUUUAAAUAAUAUUAAAAAUAUAUCUGACGAACAAUUUUUCAAAUUAUUUGAAGCACUAGAAGGCAAUACCCACUUGGAAUCAUUGAGCUUAACAAAUGUAUGUCUUACUGACAGAACAGCACAAAGAUUAGCUGAAGCAAUGGAGAAGAAUUCAACAUUGAGAAUAUUAAAUGUGGAGACAAACUUUAUCAGUCCAACAGUGAUGGUCAGACUGAUCCGAGCAUUAUUACAGACAAAGUCUAUUGAAGAAUUCCGUUGCUCGAAUCAGAGAUCGCAAGUUCUAGGGAAUAAAAUAGAAAUGGAAAUAACGCAGCUGGUUGAACAAAAUCCAACUUUGUUGCGAUUGGGUCUCCAUCUGGAGUUCAACGACGCAAGACAUCGUGUUGCUGCUCACUUACAGCGCAACAUCGACAGGAUACGAAAAUCCCGACUCGGAUCAUCUGAGAUCAACGACAUGUCUCGAUCAUCAAUGACUAAGGAUUCAAAGAACUUGCAUCAAAAUUCAACUCAGAGCCCGAAGAAUUCACCAGCAAAGGCCAAAAAUCAAGAAGACGACCGAUAAAUAUUACUGGCAACAAAUUUUAAUAAUAUUAACAAUUAUCGCCAGUUAUUUUAUACAUUUUUAACUAAAAAACGCAAGCCCAAAUGUUUAAAAAUUCACAAGCGAUAGCUUCGCACGCAGAAGCUUAGACGCCGCUAAAAACCUCCACAAAAUGGACGAACGAAUCAAGAUGGCAGAGCACGGGUCGUCAUUCGAAGAAAUGAAGUAUCUAUUAAUAAAACAAUCCUUUUUUAUUAUUUUAUUUAUAAAACAAUGAAGACAUGUCAUUUUAUUAUGAACUUAUUAAACAUUAAUUAUAAUUAUUAUAUUAAUAAUAAUAAUGACUAUUAAUAUAUAAAAUAAAUAUUUAAUCACCGAUAAUUAAGUUAAUUUCUAGCUCUGCUAUUUACCAAUUAAAACAUAAAUAAACUAAAAAAAAAAUAAUAAUAAAUUUGUAAAUAUUGUCUUGUAAUGCGUUUUAAGAAAUGCUGAAUUUAUUAUUUCAUUACAAUAAUCAAUUAAUUAAAUUAAUUUAUUGGUUAUUGAAAUUUUUAUUAUUUAAGAUUUUUAAUUAUUAUUAAUGAUACGUGUAUUUGUGUUAAGUAAUCGUGAGAAUGAUUUAUUUCAAAACUUGGGUCAAAAAAAAAAAAAAAUUUAAGAAACUUUUAAUUUAAAUUGUUUUUCAAAAUAAUUUUGUGUGAAAGAUUAGCGAAUGCUGGAUGAAACGCUUGUAGUUUUAAAAUUUUAUUGUCGUACUCAUUUUGCUAAAAAAUAGCUAUUUACCUACAGUCGGUAACUUUCGGCAACAUUUUUUAGGUAAUCCAAUAGAUGGCGCUGAUUAAAUAUGGGUGGUGGGGGCUAGUGACGUCAUGCCCUGUAUUUGCGGGAAAUUUAAAUUAUACAGAGGUUCAUAUUAAAUUUUA